AUGAAGAGAUCAUAUUGUGUUUUCGUAAUAGCUCUUAUUUUUAUAAACGUGCGAGAAAUAAAAUCAAAUGAAGUCAUGAAAGGCAUAACGUCGAGUUUCUUUAAGGUGCUGGACGAAUGUAAACGUGAGCUGAGUCUCACAGACAACGUGUUGACUGAUCUCUAUUACUUCUGGAAACAAGAUCAUCCGUUGAUGCAUCGUGACACUGGUUGUGCUAUCGUCUGCAUGAGUCAGAAGCUAAACCUUCUUGAUACAAUAGGGAAGCUUCAUCAUGGCAAUGCUCAAGAGUUUGCUGUCAAUCAUGGCGCUGGUGAACAGAUGGCCAAAAAGCUGGUAACAAUGGUUCACGAAUGCGAACAGCAGUUCAUGGAGCAGGAGGACGCCUGCCUGAGAGCUCUGGAUGUAGCCAAGUGCUUCAGAACAGCCAUGCACGACGUCAACUGGGCACCUAAAUUUGAUGUUAUUGUAACUGAAGUGCUCACUGAAGUGAAGUAA